AUGUCUCCGGCAGUGCAGGUGCCUGCACUUUGGGAAACGGAUUUCUCGCAGACUGGGGCCAGUAGGAAGGAGCUAUCGGCCGUCAUCGAGCGCACCCGUGAUAUUGCUUCACUUGCACGAGGCAGUCAGUGGCGCGAUGCUAUGACUCUGCUGGCCGACAUGCCAAGCUGCGUCUUGCGACCCAAUGUGAUCUCAUACAACAGCACACUGGCAGCAUGUGCCCGGUCUGAGCAGUGGCAACUUGCCUCGUCUCUCCUCCGAGGCGUGCGCGCUCACAGCAUCCUACCGAAUGUGAUCACGUACAACACUGCCAUCCGCAGCUCUGUGGGAGUUGGGUUCUGGCAGCUUGUUAGUGGAGGCAGACACGGCUGA